AUGAAGUGGCUGGGAGAAUCCAAGAACAUGGUGGUGAAUGGCAGGAGAAGUGGAAGCAGGUCGUCUAAUGAUCAUGCGCAGAAUCAGACCAAAUUGCAGCAUGCAGGAAAGGAGAAUCCGAAGACAGGCAAAAAUGGAGUUGAGAGAAGAUCAAGCAGAUGUAGCAGUGCUUCAGGAUUUGAGGGCCAAAGUCGUUAUGUGCCUUCCUCUGGAAUGUCUGCCAAGGAACUGUGUGAAAACGAUGACCUAGCAACUAGUUUGGUUCUUGAUCCCUAUUUAGGUUUUCAGACACAUAAAAUGAAUACUAGAUUUCGACCUAUUAAAGGAAGGCAAGAUGAACUGAAAGAGGUGAUUGAACGUUUCAAGAAAGAUGAGCACUUAGAAAAAGCCUUCAAAUCCUUGACGUCAGGUGACUGGGCCCGGCACUAUUUUCUUAACAAGAACAAAAUGCAGGAAAGGUUGUUCAAGGAACAUGUAUUUAUUUAUUUACGAAUGUUUGCAACUGACAGUGGGUUUGAGAUACUGCCUUGUAACCGGUAUUCUUCUGAGCAAAAUGGAGCCAAAAUUGUUGCAACGAAAGAAUGGUAAGAAAUAUA